AUGAUUGUGGUGGCGGGCUUUGUUCGUUCUUCGAGCAUGACUGUUGUGGGACUGUAUUUGCCUUCAGUUAUAAUUGAACGAGGAUUCGCCUCCAAGUUCAUCACUGACUAUGAGAAUUUUACCUAUUAUCAGGAAUCUACACUGCGUGCGUUAUGCUGGGUGAGGAGCAGUUUCACACCUUUUUCACAGGCACCUCAACGAUUCAUCAACGACAUGCUUUUGGCAGCGUGUGCUUCUGCAUUUCUACUCAUCUCUUGCAUAGCCUACGUCUUCCUUUUCCGCAGAAACUUUGCAAAACUACGUGACAUAAAUCGAGGCGUGAUUCCUAAAAAUAUUGUAUAUACUCUCAGCACGAAGUUCCAAUUGACAGAAAAUCUUAAAGUGAUGAAG